GGUGGUCAGUAGUCGUCUCGGUACCGUCUUUGGUAGUCGUUGGCCACGAGUCGUUGGCGGGAGAUCCUGUGAGAGUCGCGCGACAGCUACUUGUCUUGUCCUGCCUGCUCUUCGUGGCAUUGCUUAGAUGCAACUCGACGCGGGAGCAGAAGUGAAGUUGAGGUGAAGCACGCGGCGGCUGGUAUGCUACGCUCUCUUCUGGGCUACCUGUUCGGGUCUCCCCGUGAGAACGCCACGGUCCUGGCAGAACUGAUUCCUCUGGGUAACGUCGAGCACGCGGACGGACAGCCGAGCGAGCGCGAUCCGUCCGAUUCCUCCGACUCUUCAUCAGGAUCGAGCGAGGAGAUCGCUCCGGAGGUGGUUCCCCCUGCUUGCUCGCGGUCCACUCGCGAGAUGUCGGAAACGCCGGUGAGUUUCGUCGUCGGGGAGCCCGACCCUGACCCCGGUCCUGAUCCCAGCGAGGUGCUGGAAAUCCAGGAUAGCUUCCCGAGCGAGGGAAGCGAGCUUCCCGCCGGCUUGUCGCAGUCGCAGUCGCAGCCGAAUACCACGGCAGGAUUGGUAGAACGCCGUAAGCGCCUCAGGCCCAGCAUGUCGCAGGGCACGGUGAUGAUCCAAGCGCAAAGUCGGCACCAAGAAAAGGACUUCACCGUCGCGACUCCCGAGGAAUUUGUCCAUCGUUUCGGCGGCAGCAGAGUUAUCAACAAGGUGUUGAUCGCCAACAAUGGUAUCGCGGCAGUGAAAUGCAUGCGAUCGGUACGACGAUGGUCUUACGAGAUGUUUAAAAACGAGAGGGCCGUGCGUUUUGUGGUGAUGGUCACGCCGGAAGAUUUGAAGGCGAACGCGGAAUACAUCAAAAUGGCAGACCAGUACGUGCCUGUACCGGGUGGGACCAACAACAACAAUUAUGCUAACGUGGAACUGAUCGUCGAUAUCGCGAUACGUACUCAAGUCCAAGCAGUUUGGGCCGGAUGGGGCCACGCUUCGGAAAAUCCUAAACUUCCGGAACUACUCCACAAAAAUAACAUCUGCUUUAUUGGACCAUCCGAGAGAGCUAUGUGGGCCCUGGGUGACAAAAUCGCGUCCAGCAUAGUCGCCCAGACCGCGGACGUGCCGACUCUGCCUUGGUCGGGAUCGGAGUUGAAAGCGCAAUAUAGCGGCAAGAAGAUCAAGAUAUCCUCGGAGCUUUUCAGGAAAGGAUGCGUCGCCAGCGUGGAGGAGUGUCUAGCGGCAGCUAAUAAGAUCGGUUUUCCGAUUAUGGUGAAGGCGAGCGAAGGUGGCGGCGGCAAAGGAAUCAGAAAGGUUGAGAAUGCCGAGGAAUUACCGGCUUUGUUUAGGCAAGUUCAAACCGAGAUCCCAGGCUCACCGAUCUUCAUCAUGAAGCUGGCCAAGUGCGCUCGCCAUUUGGAAGUGCAAUUAUUAGCUGAUAAUUAUGGCAACGCGAUAUCAUUGUUCGGACGUGACUGCUCUAUCCAGAGAAGGCAUCAGAAGAUCAUCGAGGAGGCGCCAGCCGUCAUAGCCAAGCCGGAGGUUUUCGAAGAAAUGGAAAAAGCUGCUGUGAGGCUAGCGAAAAUGGUGGGAUACGUUAGCGCGGGCACUGUUGAGUAUCUGUACGACACGACCGGUAGAUACUACUUUUUGGAGUUGAAUCCCCGUCUCCAAGUGGAGCAUCCUUGUACCGAGAUGGUGUCGGAUGUGAAUUUACCGGCGGCCCAGCUGCAGAUAGCGAUGGGUUUACCGUUGCACCAGAUCAAAGACAUACGUCUUCUAUACGGCGAGAACCCCUGGGGCGACAAUACGAUCGAUUUCGAUCAGCCACGUCACAAACCUCAACCGUGGGGUCACGUUAUCGCGGCUCGAAUUACCAGCGAAAACCCGGACGAAGGCUUCAAGCCGAGUUCUGGCACGGUGCAGGAGUUGAACUUCCGAUCAUCCAAGAACGUGUGGGGCUACUUCUCGGUCGGAGCGUCCGGCGGGCUGCACGAGUUCGCGGACUCGCAAUUCGGCCAUUGCUUUUCGUGGGGCGAAAAUCGCGAUCAGGCUAGGGAAAAUUUGGUCGUAGCUCUGAAAGAACUGAGUAUCAGAGGCGACUUUAGGACAACAGUCGAGUAUCUCAUCACUCUGCUGGAGACCGAGUCCUUCCUGCAGAAUAACAUAGACACAGCCUGGCUCGACUUGCUGAUCGCGGAACGUGUGCGAAGCGACAAACCGGAUCUCCUGUUGGCUGUUACUUGCGGCGCGCUUCAUAUCGCCGACAGAACGAUCACAGCUGCGUUUGCUGGGUUCCAAACAGCCUUGGAGAAAGGCCAAAUACAAGCCAGCAACGACCUAGACAAUGUCGUUGACGUAGAACUUAUUAACGAUGGAUAUAAGUACAAAGUGCAAGCUGCUAAAUCUGGUCCCAAUAGCUACUUCCUCGUGAUGAACGGCUCUUUCAAAGAGGUGGAAGUACAUCGCAUGUCGGACGGGGGUUUGCUACUUUCGCUAGACGGUGCUAGUUUCACGACUUACAUGAGGGAGGAGGUGGACCGUUACAGGAUCGUCAUCGGAAACCAGACGUGUAUCUUCGAGAAGGACAAUGACCCGUCCUUGUUGAGGUCACCGUCUGCUGGCAAGUUGAUCAACUUCUUGGUCGAAGACGGCGGUCAUGUCGGCGCCAGUCAGGCGUACGCCGAGAUCGAAGUGAUGAAGAUGGUGAUGACUGUCACCGCUAGUGAGGCAGGCAGCGUGUAUUACGUAAAGAGACCCGGUGCUGUAUUGGAAGCCGGCACGUUGAUCGCGCAUCUCGAGCUGGAUGAUCCGUCACUGGUGACGAAGGCGCAGGAAUACAUAGGACAGUUUCCCGCGGCAGCGGCGUUCGCGAUGCCAGAGAAACUGAAUCACCUACAUGCCAAGUACCGAAAUGCCCUGGAGAACACACUGGCCGGUUACUGUCUGCCAGAUCCGUACCAUCUGCCGCGUUUGCGCGAGCUCAUUGAGAAGUUCAUGUUCUCGUUGCGCGAUCCCAACCUACCGCUGCUAGAGUUGCAGGAGGUGAUCGCGACGAUAUCCGGCCGAAUCCCGAUUUCCGUGGAAAAGAAGAUUCGUAAGCUGAUGUCCUUGUACGAGCGGAAUAUCACGUCGGUCUUGGCUCAGUUCCCUAGUCAACAAAUCGCCGCCGUGAUCGACGGACACGCGGCGACUUUGUCUAAGAGAGCUGAGCGGGAUGUUUUCUUCUUGACCACCCAGGCGAUCGUGCAGUUGGUUCAAAGGUACCGAAACGGCAUACGUGGCCGCAUGAAGACCGCCGUGCACGAGCUGCUCCGGCAAUAUUACACGGUCGAGAGCCAAUUCCAGCAGGGUCACUACGACAAAUGUGUUUCUGCUCUGAUAGAGAAGCACAAGGACGACGUGGCCACGGUGACUGGUAUGAUAUUCAGUCACAACCAAGUGACAAAGAAGAACGUGCUGGUUACCAUGCUGAUUGACCAUCUAUGGGCGAACGAGCCUGGUCUCACUGACGAGUUGUCCAGCACGCUGACGGAAUUGACCAGCCUCAAUCGCACGGAGCAUAGUCGCGUCGCCCUGAGAGCCAGGCAAGUGUUGAUCGCUGCCCACCAACCCGCCUAUGAGUUGAGGCACAACCAGAUGGAGUCCAUAUUUCUCUCGGCGGUAGAUAUGUACGGCCAUGAUUUCCACCCGGAGAAUCUGCAGAAACUCAUCCUUUCGGAAACGUCCAUCUUCGACAUCCUCCAUGACUUCUUCUACCACUGUAAUCGCGCGGUCUGCAACGCUGCAUUGGAAGUUUACGUGCGACGAGCUUACAUCAGCUACGACCUCACGUGCUUGCAGCAUUUGGAGCUAUCAGGCGAGAUUCCGUUGGUGUACUUCCAGUUCGUCUUGCCCAGCAAUCACCCCAAUCGGCAGAAUCAGUCGCUGGUAGAUCACAGAGCUGGCGCGAUGGCGGCCUUCCAAGAUCUCGAGCAGUUUGGCCAAUACGCGGACGAGGUCCUGGAUCUGCUGGAGGACCUGUCGAGCCCCACGCCGGUGGUGUCCGCGAAACUGCUGGAGGCGGUGGACGCUGUAGGCGGCGAGUCUCGACACAGUACGUCGAUUAACGUGUCAUUGAGCGUGACGGAGAACGCGGCGACGGCGGCGACGUCGUCGGCGACUACUGGCGACAGAUCCGCUGACGAGCCGGUUCACAUACUGAGCAUCGCUGUAAGAGAGGACGGCACCGAGGACGACGUCACUAUGGCCAGACUGUUUGAGAACUGGUGCGCUAGCAACAAGGACGAGUUGAUAUCUCGCGGCAUCCGGAGAGUGACAUUCGCUGCACUCCAAAAGAAACAGUUCCCCAAGUUCUUCACUUUCCGUCAGAGAGAUGGUUUCGUCGAGGACAGGAUCUACCGGCACCUCGAGCCCGGCUGUGCCUUCCAGCUGGAACUGAAUCGCAUGAGAACGUACGACCUCGAGGCGUUACCCACGUCCAACCAAAAGAUGCACUUGUAUCUCGGACAGGCGAAGGUCGCGAAGGGCCAGCAAGUCACGGAUUACCGUUUCUUCAUCCGCUCGAUCAUACGACACUCUGAUCUCAUCACGAAGGAGGCCAGCUUCGACUAUCUCCACAACGAGGGCGAACGCGUCCUACUCGAGGCCAUGGACGAGUUGGAAGUCGCGUUCUCGCAUCCCCUCGCCAAGCGCACCGAGUGCAACCACAUUUUCCUUAACUUCGUGCCCACAGUCAUCAUGGACCCCGCCAGGAUAGAGGAGAGCGUGACCAGCAUGGUGUUGCGCUACGGGCCGAGGUUGUGGAAAUUGCACGUGCGACAAGCCGAGAUCAAGAUGACGAUUCGACCCGCCCCGGGCAAGCCGACGUCCAACGUGCGUCUCUGCAUCGCUAACGACAGCGGCUACAGCAUCGACCUGCACCUUUACACGGAGGCCACCGACCCCAAGACUGGUAUCAUCCGCUUUGAGUCUUACUCGCCUACGGCGGCGAACGCGGUCAAUUGGCGACCAGGUCCUAUGCACGGCCUGCCGAUCUCCACGCCGUAUAUGACCAAAGAUUACCUGCAGGCGAAGAGGUUCCAAGCGCAAAGCGCUGGCACGACCUACGUGUACGACCUGCCGGACAUGUUUCGCCAGCAGGUCGAGAAGAUGUGGCAGAGAUAUAUCGAGGAGAGACAGUCGAGCCACGGCUCGAUCGCAAUGCCCAGCCCAGUGAUGGACGUCGUGGAGUUGGUCUUGGACGGAAAACAGCUGGUCGAGCAGAAGCGAUUGCCGGGCGAGAACGACGUCGGCAUGAUCGCAUGGCGCUUGACGCUCUACACUCCGGAAUAUCCGUUCGGCAGGGACAUCAUACUCAUCGCCAAUGACCUGACGUAUAUGAUCGGCUCGUUCGGGACGCGCGAGGACCUGGUGUUUUGCAGAGCCUCUGAGAGAGCGAGAGAGCUCGGCUGCCCGCGGAUAUACUUCAGCGCCAAUUCCGGGGCUCGUAUCGGCUUAGCCGAGGAGGUGAAGGCACUCUUCAGGAUCGCGUGGGAGGACGAGAACGAGCCGGAGAAAGGUUUCAAGUACAUCUAUCUCACACCGGACGACUACACGCGCUUAGCGCCCUUGAACUCGGUGAAGGCCUCGUUGAUCGAGGACCCCACUGGCGAGUCUCGCUACAGGAUCACUGACAUCAUCGGCAAGGACGACGAUUUGGGAGUGGAGAACUUGAAGUAUGCCGGCCUGAUCGCUGGCGAAACGUCGAGAGCCUACGAGGAGAUCAUUACUAUCUCCGUGGUGUCGUGCCGUGCGAUCGGCAUCGGCUCUUAUUUGUUACGUCUCGGCCAGAGGGUCAUCCAAAUCGAGAACUCGCACAUCAUCCUAACCGGAUACAGAGCGUUGAACGCGGUUCUGGGCCGCGAGGUUUACGCCAGUAACAAUCAGCUGGGCGGCACGCAGAUCAUGCAUAACAACGGGGUGUCGCACGCGAUCGACGCGCGAGACCUGGACGGCGUGGCGACUAUCCUCAAGUGGCUCAGCUACUUCCCCAAGAACAAGGGCGCUCCGCUGCCGAUGCUGUUGCCUGUGGUGGACUCGAUCGAUCGCGAGAUCACUUACAUGCCCACGAAAACAGCCUAUGACCCGCGAUGGAUGCUCGAGGGCAGACACUGUAGCGAGUCGAAUGUCUGGGAGAGCGGCUUCUUCGACCGGGGCUCUUGGCACGAGAUCAUGCGGCCCUGGGCGCAAACGGUGGUGACGGGACGAGCCAGACUCGGCGGAAUACCCUGCGGUGUGAUUGCCGUCGAGACGAGAACAGUCGAGCUGCAUUUGCCGGCCGACCCGGCGAACCUGGACUCCGAGGCGAAGACUAUAUCCCAAGCGGGGCAGGUCUGGUUCCCGGAUAGCUCCUACAAAACCGCACAGGCCAUUAAAGAUUUCGGGAAGGAGGAGAUACCGCUGUUCAUCUUCGCCAAUUGGAGAGGCUUCUCCGGAGGCAUGAAAGACAUGUACGAGCAGAUUGUCAAGUUCGGCGCGUACAUCGUGGACGGAUUACGCGAGUACUGUAGGCCGGUGCUCGUUUAUAUUCCACCGAAUGGAGAGCUCAGGGGUGGCGCGUGGGCCGUCGUGGAUCCUACGAUAAAUCCUCGUUACAUGGAGAUGUUCGCCGACAACACCAGCAGAGCCGGUGUUUUGGAGCCCGAAGCGAUCGUAGAGAUCAAGUUCCGGAAUAAGGAUAUUGUGAAAACUAUGCACAGAAUCGACCUGAUUAUACAGAAGUUAAAAGAGAAACUGUCGGCCGCAGGCACAACGGAGGAACGAGCCGAGCUCGAGACGCAGAUUCGUAAACGCGAGCAGACCCUGGAACCGAUGUAUCACCAAGUCGCGGUGCAUUUCGCCGAGCUCCAUGACACCCCGGAGCGGAUGUUCGAGAAGAACGCAAUCCACGAGAUCAUUCCAUGGAAGAGGGCGCGACGUCUGUUUUACUGGCGGUUGCGUCGUAGACUCCUGGAGGAGGAGAUCAGGACCGAAAUCUUGUCGACGCAGCCCAGCCUCGACGUCAGGCAGGUAGACGCGAUGCUCCGACGCUGGUUUAUCGAGGACAAAGGCGCGACGGAGUCCUACUUGUGGGACCAGGACGAAGCUGCGACCUGUUGGCUGGAGGCGCAACGUAAAACCGAGAACAGUGUCGUGUCGCGUAACAUAAUGUGCGUGAAAAGAGACGCCGUUGUGACGCGUAUCAAGGAGGCGUUGGAGGCCUGUCCGGAGAUCAGAUUAGACGCGGUACUGGAAAUCGCGCAUAGACUGCAGCCGACCGAACGGGCGGAGUUGCAAAGAACUUUGUCGCAAUUAGAAGUGACGGGGCAGGAACACCACACGGACUCGAGCGUCUCGUCCUGAGUCACGCCCGUGUCGGUUACUCACCUCAGCCUGUUACAAUAUUAGAUACGCGCGCAUGAAAAGUACAAUUCAUCAUUGGAGUUGCAUCGUUGUUCGUAUUGAUGCCGAUAUCCAUGCUCAAUUGACAUUUCGCCGACGGUCGAGAUUUUUUAGGUGAAUGAUACACAUCGGACGAGGAUAAUACGCAGAACGUAUUUAUGCCUUCUCCGUCGGCAAAAUGUCAAGGAUUAAUGAUUCUCGGAGAGAGUAGUUGAUAUUUUCAAAUAUUCCGCAAAGUUUGGACCCGAAUCUUUUCCGUUUGAUGUUGAAAAAGUCGCAGAAUCUCAGCGAUACAAAUCUUAGCGAAUUUAAAGGUGAGAAAUUUCGAGGAAUUCCAGUUAACUGUUACGCACUAACGAUCAGCUGCUUUCAGACAAUUGUUCCUGUUGAUGAUUGAUUGUAGGUUUACAAGGUACUCUGUAUAAUUAAACGUUGAAUUUCUUUUUAAGCGAAUACAUUUUUGGGAAAACUGUGUCACUGUCAUUCCAGAAUUGUAGCGAGCUUACGAACUAUAUAGACGAUUGUUGGGGAUAUAUAAAGCGAUUAUACAGAGCAUCCUCGUGAUACGUCGCAUGUUCCUUCAACUGCGAAUUCCUUAACGAACUUUAAGCGUAUUCUCCUAAGAGAAGUUUCCAAAGAGAAUACUAUUCUAUGUAACUUUCAAGCUUCCAUUAAUCAUAAUUUGUCUUUAAUCGAUCGUGGGUGUACCAGUUUAUGUUAACGUAAAUUGUUGAUGGAAAUAGAUGCUACAUUAUUGCCUUAAGAUAAAUUGACAUUAAUUCACAAACAUAUCAUAAUUUAUUUUUUGUGUCAUUCUUUAAUAACCUCUAAUUUUCCAUUUUUUCACAAUUUUACGACUAAUCGAGAUAGAUAGGACAUCGUUUUUGAUAAUUUAGCAAAAUGAUUUGUUGUAGAAAUAUACAUUACUAAAUAUAUACGUAAAAUUCUGUAUAUAAUAAAAUAUACACGUGUGCAUGAAUGUAUAUUUGUACACACGCAUACACAAUACAUACACGCACGUACAUACACGCGCGUGCGCUUUAUAUAGUUAUGCACAUGCGCAAAUAAAUAAUAUAUAUUUAUUUUUCGAAGAAAAAUGUAGUUAGAGAAAUAGAUAGAGGAAGAAAGAAUGUGUGUGUGUAUGUAUGUGUGUAAUGUUAUAUACAUUAGCUCGCGCAACUGCCACAUCUAAAUUAUAUGAUUUUUUUUAUGCAUUCAACAAAAAAUCUAUACAUACAUAUCACAA